AUGCCUGUCAAUGAUGUCAUCCUACGGCCAGUCAAUGCAAAUUUAUGUGAUUGGUUAAUUUAUAGUUGUAAAAAUAUUGAAAACAACAAAUGUAUGAUUGAAAGAAAAUUUAAUGGGACAAUUGAAAAAGGAAAUUUUGAAAAUGUUGGAGAAAAUAGCAAAAUCAGCGAAGGAAUAAUUAAAGGAGUAAUUAAAACACUUGAUGGAACUAAAACCACCGAACGAGUAAUCCAAGGCAAUUUCAAAGGUUUUAAUAAUAAUACUUUUUCAAUGGAAGGAAUAGAUAUCGAAAAUGUUUCUGAAUCAGAAUAUCAACUCUGGCCUGUUAUAAGUGAUCCAAGUGUAUUUUAA